ACCAUCCAAACUCAAUUGCAAACCCAUUCACAGCGUGGCCACACCUAGGAUUUUCGUCCCGCUAAUAGGAAGACUGCUUCGUAAAAUUUUCACUUUGUGCACACACACAAAACGAGAGGCCCUUUUUUCUCGUUUCUACGACUUUUUGAUUGAUUGCUGGGAGUGAUUGUGUGAGCUCAUCCUUUUUUUUUUUCCCUUCCCUCCCCCCUCACCUUCAAUCCCACCCUUGUCGAUCCCAUCAACGCCCCCCACACAUUGCCAUCCAUCAGGGAAAGAAGACACCGAACCAUCCAUAGAGCUCACACUCCCCUCCCCCACGAUCUCCCUAUGCUCACGAUCGACCUGAAUCAGCUGUCGAGGGAUGUCGUGUCGGAGAGACACCUCCAGAGUGUGACGGAUGUGAUGCUCAAGGCCAAGAAGACCAUCGUCAUCACAGGCGCAGGCAUAUCCUGCAGCAGUGGUAUCCCGGAUUUUCGCUCGGCCGAUGGACUCUACAACCUCGUCAAGAAGCAAUACCCAAAGACUGUUCUGAAGGGCAAGGACCUUUUUGACGCCAACCUCUUUCGCGACUGUACUACGACCGCCGUCUUUUACACAUUCAUAUCGGAACUGCAUGCACAAACCCUAAAGGCGAAACCAUCACCCACUCACCACUUUAUCAAGAUGUUGUCCGAAAAAGGCAAAUUACUACGAUGCUACACACAAAACAUUGAUUGUCUGGAAGAAGAACUCGGGAUGGAGACGAGUCUGGUCUGUGAAAAGGGCAAGGUCAAGAAGGACGUAAACGUGGUCCAGCUUCAUGGAUCGCUCAGGAAAUUAAAGUGCACCCUCUGUAGCGAGCCCUAUGGAUUCUUGAACGAUUACGAGAAAGUCUUUCGUGAGGGAGAGGCACCGGAUUGUCCGAAAUGCGAACUCAAUGACGUCAUUCGCGUCGCACAAGGAAAGCGCAAGGUCGCGACAGGAACCCUUCGACCAGACAUUGUCCUUUACAACGAAAACCACCCGUUUGGAGACGCCAUUGGCAGGAUCCAGCUCACGGACCUGAAGAGAUCACCGGAUGUUUUGCUUGUCAUGGGAACAUCGCUCAAGGUGCAUGGACUGCGGUUGUUGGUCAGGAAGGCUGCCAAGACGGUGCACGAGAAUAAGAAGGGAUGCGUGAUUUUGGUCAACAAGACACCGGUCGUCGGCAAGGAAUGGAACGGCGUAUUCGACUAUUUCGUUGAAGGAGAGUGUGAUCGGUGGUGUGAGGUCGUCCAGGAGGCGAUCCGUAAAGAGAAGGUACAGACGCAAUUGCCCUUCAAGCCCCUUCCACCGGCGCAGCAACAGGAGGAGGACAAGGAAGACAGGAAGAAGGAGGACAAGAAGAAAGAGAAAAGGGGGGAGCUGAGGGCGGUGGUGCGGCUUGGGCGGAAGCAGUUCUCCAAUAAGGAGAACGUACUCCCGUUCAAGCAGCGGAAGCCGGGCAGCGUUCGCUGUCAACAGGCGAAGGGCUUCUCCCCCUAUCCCACCUCCUCGAGAAGAUCGUGCAAAACUAAAUUAUAAUAAAAGAAAAAAAAGUCGUCCUUCUUCUGGUAGUAGCUUCCAUCAUUUUUUUUUUCAUGAGGAGCUCCCCCGUUCUUUGUACAUACUUCCA